AUGGAAGCGGUACCAAAGAUUGGAAAGCUCUGUGGAAAAAAAUUGGACAAGGGUUUUAUGAACGGUCCUAGAUGCGUAAACUGGAUGGGAGCUGCAAAGAUUUCAUACGGGGAGUUCAAUAGGUUGGAGAACAUCUUUACAUCCGAGGAUGACAUCUAUCCAUACAUCUCGUGGAGUGGGAAUUAUGAAGAGGUUGUGAAUGUUGCUUUUCGCAGAGUUGAUGAGGUGGAGGAUGAUAGAAUCAAGGUUCUCAUGAAGAUGAUACAUACUAAGCAUGACUUCAGUGACCACGUUUGGGAGUUCGAAGAGACACCAGAGUUUUUUUGGGGGCUUUAUGACAAACAAGGAGAGGAUGAUGAAGUAGCUGAGAAUGAUGAAGAAGCUCCCAAGAAUGAUGAAGAAGAUGGGAGUGAUGAAGACUUUCGAACUCCAAGAGGAUCAUCGAACAGAGUCUCCGGAGCUAGAAAGGGAAAGAAUAGGCUCCCGGAUCGUGGAAUGGAAAAAAGGAAGCAAAAGGUUCUCUCUUCUAGACCACAACAGGCGCCGUUUAAUGAAGAUAUGAAGAGCUUUAUGGCGCAGUUGUUUGAGCAGAAUUAUUCUGCAAUGGAAGAGAGGCUACAUAAACAGAUGGGUGAAAGAUUUGAGAAAAUGCAGUUUGAGCUUAAAGGUUUACUUAGGGAUGCAAGCGUUGAAGUUGACGAUAUAGAGCCAUCGAUGAGCAAGCCAUCGCCUAUCAAGCCAUCGUCGAGCAAGCCAUCACCGAGCAUUCCAUCUCCAAGGAGGUCCAAACGCUUGGAUGUGAAUUUGAGUCAAGCAGAUGAUAUGGACGAAGACAUAGGUACCCAAGGUCUUGAAGGGCUUUCUCGGUCUUCGUAUGUGCCCGGCUUUUAUCCAUCGCGGACCAAUAAGGACAACGAAGCACAUGAUUGGUGGACUCCAAUGACUACUGUCUGA